CAGUCCGUGAUAAACCACCCAAACCCAUUAGCAAGGAGGCUGAAGGCCUUAACCAGCGUUAUCCUUUCUCUGUUUCUCUAUCUCUCCCGUCAACAAUGACGAAAGGGACGGACCGUAUGAUGAGGAAUCUGAAGCAGUUCGCAGACCUACAGUACAAGCAAUUCUCGGCUCGUCACGGCCAACAAUUGAUUGACAUACUCGAAUUCCCAAUUAAGCUUGUUCUCUCUCCCUUCACCCUCGCUUAUGACAUUGCUGGUUCUGCUCCUCGCGGCUUUGGCAUCCCCGAGUUCAUUUCCAAACUCUCUUUCUCCGCCAUCUUCGUUGUUGCUACUCUUGGGACCUAUGAUAUUGCAUUAGACCUUGGAAAGAAGGUUCUAUGCCAAAGGAAUUGUCGAACCUGUAAUGGAUGGCAGGCAUUGCGAUGUACUAUGUGCAGAGGAUCAGGGAAGGUGCAAUACCAAGUGAAAAAUUUCUCCUUGAAAAGUGGUGAAAAGGCAACAGCUGAAUCCGUUGCAGAUGCCAUUUCAGACAAUCGGGCUGAGUUGGUGCACCUUCCUUCCACUGUGGAUCUUCAUUUGCCAUUGCCAUCUAAAGACUGCCCAACUUGUGAUGGAUCGGGUGUGAUGGGAUGUCCUGAGUGCAAAAACAAGUUACAAAUUAGGAUCUCUGCUGAUGAUAUCAUGGAGCCUCCCUGGACAGCCUAUAACAUAUUGAGAAAGAUGCACUAUCCUUAUGAGCAUAUUGUUCACAGCAUGAAAGACCCCAGCAUUGCUGCAUUUUGGUUACUUACAAUGCCUCAGAUUGUGGGGGGAUUUAACUAUGAUGAUGAAGUCAAGCAGAAGAUUUGGUGGCAAUACAAGGAAUCUAUGAGGUAUGAUCAACUUCGAGAUGUAGUAGCCAAGCGAAUACCUGGCUGGGAGCAUUUGCAAGAGGCCUUGAUCUCCAUAGAUCCUGUCCGUGCUAGGGAAGAUCCUGUUGUAGUAAAGAAUGUACCUUACUACAAGGCCAGAAAGGCACUGGAAGCUGAAGUCAUGAAGCUUGAUCCUCCCCCACGGCCUCAAAAUUGGGGUGAGUUGAACCUUCCGUUGAAUGCAUCUUCUUGGAGUGAGGAGGAUCUCAAAGAUCCAAAAAAAUUAUAUGAGAUGACUGUUCUUCUCAAUGCACAAAGAGAAAUUGCUGAUCAAGUUUUGGAUGCACAGUGGCAAACAAAAUGGCGCCAAGAAAAGUUAAAUGAGACGUUGAAAGAGAAGGUGCAGCCAUAUAUUCAGAGCAUUGAUAAUGGUGUCCUUUCCCAGCCUAUCAUAAUACAAUCUCCAAAUCAGGAUCAGAAGGGAAAAACCCGGAAACGGAGAUGGUGGUUAUUUUGAUGUGGAGGCAGUUUCAACUACAAUGUAUCAGCAGAAAGGAUAUAUCUGGACUGCACCAUGCCAAAUCUUCAGACACUUCUUUCACGAGUAAUCAUAUUUGAUUCUUUUGCCCAGGAUCUUCCUCCUGUAUUGCCCACAUUUUGUCCUUCAGGUACUCUGCACUUUCAUCUCCCCUUUGGAAUGCAGAAAGACCUUGUUCAGAAAGACCUUGUUCUCAGAAUAGUUCUUGUUUUUCAACAUAGUGAUUGACAACUCUCAAGAGUGUUUGUUUAAAUCUCAUGACUUUUCCUUAAUUUGAUAUUAUUUGACUGAACUUUUUAUUCGGUUUUUACAUACAGUUUGAACUUA